AUGCACGCCCGUGCCACAUCACGCACACCCCUUCCUUGUCAAACUCGUUUUCUGCUCUGCAAUAAAUACCCCGUCCUAACUACACUUCGGUCUUCACAAUUAGUCCUGAUUUAGCAAGGUAGCAACUUGUCCUGGUGUUGACGUCGACAUACAUUCAAGAUGACUCACCAGUUCCCAUCCCUCUCUCCGGAGCAGAAGAAGGAGCUUGCCACCAUCGCCCAGAGGAUCGUGGCUCCAGGAAAGGGCAUCCUGGCCGCAGAUGAAUCCACAGGCACCAUGGCUAAGCGCUUGCAGAAGAUCAACGUGGAGAACACAGAGGAGAACCGACGUUAUUUCCGCGACCUCCUCUUCUCCGUUGACGACUCCAUCUCUAACUGUGUGGGCGGGGUCAUCUUCUUUCAUGAGACGCUGUACCAGAAGUCUGACGGCGGCGUCCUUUUCCCCCAGGUCAUCAAGAACAAGGGCAUCGUGGUCGGCAUCAAGGUUGACAAGGGCACUGCGGCCCUCAAUGGUACAGAUGGGGAGACAACCACACAAGGUCUUGACGGUCUUUCGGAGCGCUGUGCUCAGUACAAAAAAGACGGUUGCGACUUUGCCAAGUGGAGGAGCGUUCUGAAGAUUUCCGACGGAUGCCCGUCCGCCCUCGCUAUUGCAGAGAACGCCAACGUCCUCGCCAGAUACGCCAGCAUCUGCCAACAGAACGGCCUGGUGCCCAUUGUGGAGCCAGAGAUUCUCCCUGAUGGCGACCACGACCUGCAGCGUUGCCAGUAUGUCACAGAGAAGGUCCUGGCAGCUGUGUACAAGGCUCUGUCUGACCAUCACGUCUACCUGGAGGGAACCUUGCUGAAGCCCAACAUGGUCGCUGCCGGACAGUCCUGUCCCAAGAAGUACACCCCUCAGGAGGUCGGCAUGGCCACAGUGACCGCUCUAAGGCGCACUGUUCCCGCCGCUGUGCCCGGCAUCUGCUUCCUGUCAGGAGGCCAGAGCGAGGAGGAGGCCACACUGAACCUCAACGCCAUGAACCAGACGCCCCUCGGUCGGCCGUGGAAGCUGACCUUCUCCUACGGCCGUGCACUCCAGGCCUCCGCCCUUGCCGCCUGGCAGGGCAAGGCCGCCAACAAGAAGGCCGCCCAGGAUGCCUUCACCUCCAGGGCCAAGAAUAACAGCCUGGCCUCCAAGGGAGAAUACAAGGCUUCGGGUACAGCUGACCAAGCCUCAAUGCAGUCACUCUACACAGCCAGCUAUGUCUACUAAAUCCUAAACUAUAAACAUGUGAAAUUAUGUCUUCAAGAUGCCAAUUAGCAGUCCUAUUACAGCCAAAAUGUAAGGGCGAGAUCCAGUUGUCUUUCUGCUGCAGGUUGACCCGCACAGACCUGCAGUUGGAAUGAGUGGCAAAAUAAAAUGUGAACUGCA